AUGAUUCUAACUGGUAGAAGAAAAUCGGAAAAAAUACUCUCAAAAUCAUUAAGACCUUCCUUAUUUUUAAAUGAAUUCGAUUUAUCAUCUAUGCUCUAAACAUCUUCAGUGAAAACAGAAGGUAAUAUUAAAUCUGUCUCAAAAACAGAAGCAUAACCAAUUCAAAGUUCAUUAAGUGUGAUUCCUGAAAACCCCACUUUUUCAAUGUUACCCCAAAUAGAAGAGAAAUUUGUUCUAAAAUCCAAAGAAGUUAAUUUUUCUAAAGAAAAAAGAGAAUCAAAACUUUUAAAAAACCUGGCUUCUGAAUAAUUAUUACAAUAAUCAAAGCUUGAUCUUAAGUUGCCACUUAUAUAGCAAAGUCCAUAAAUUAAGUCAUUGCCUAGGCAUUCUNUUAUUUAUGUUAUAUUGUUAAGAAUUUCAUCAUCAUUUGAGCAUUCAAUAAAAACUGAUGACAAACUCCUAAUCAUAUUGUUUAACUGUUUGUAAAAAUAGUAAAAAAAAAUGAUACAAAGUAAAGAUUUUAAGAUUUGCCCAUAAUCAUUUGUGUUUGAAAUCUGA